AUGUCCGACGGAAGAGUCCCGUCUACAUCGCCCGCCGCUACCGACCACCGCCCACCCUCUUCUACCUUCACUGCCGGAGUCGGUCCACCGUUACGCGCCCUCGAUGAGCAAGUCCUCGCUACUCACCUUUGGCCGCCUUCCGACCAUAACCCCUCCGCGCCGCAUCCUGCUGGCGACACGAUAGGACUCGUGCUCGAUACCGUGGUCGCCCAAGAUGGCCAUGGUCUGACGUCUCAAGCACUAGAGACCCAUCCGUCGCCUACGCGACAGGUUCCCAUUUCAUUCGCUAGCACCCUCAGUCGAGAUGCUCUCUUGUCCUAUGCCUAUCAACUCUACCGCAGCGCUCAGCUUCCCCAUCUAGGCCUCACAGCGAUACCUCUCGUCAUCGCCACCCCUGCACCGACCUCACCAGAGCAAAUCUACAGACUUCGACUGCUACCUCUUCUCACCACGCUGUGCUCGCUACAUCCUGGAGAUAUUCGCAUCCUGCUCCUCUUGGCCUGCACAUAUCACUCCCUCGGUGACUAUAAUAUGAGUCUCAGCACCAGCCAGGAAAUGCUACGUAUCGACCCCGCCUCUGUCGAAGCGAUGAAUAAUAUCGGAGUGACCUUGAAGGCUCUCGGUCGCAAUGACCAGGCCUAUGAAUGGUGGUGGAAAGCCAUCCAGGCCUGUCCCACCUACUGGGACGCGACUGAGAAUAUUCUAGGUUUGCUUUUCACACAUGCCCAGAGUGCUCGAGGCAACAGUCAGAGCUCUAUGCUAUACGCUCGAGCUCUGGAUGCCUGCGUGUUUGUCCAGCGCAAAAUUAUCACCAGCGACGGUCGUCUCAUCCUGCCUGUCCCUCCACAUGACUUGCCCAGACUUCAAAAGCUCCUUCUGACAAGCGCAACAAUCCAGGGGAUGAGCUCACCGGAUUCUAUGGCGGUUGUUUCUGCGUAUUUCCAAUCCUUGGAGCUCAUGAUAUCACCUCCUGCGGCGUUCACAUCUGGCGGAGGUUACACAGCUCGGGAGCUCAUCUUGGCGGGCUUUCUUGCCACGUACAUCCUCCAGCUACCCCCCAGCAACGUCCUUCCGCCCGAACUAUCACAGAGUGUGUAUCUCCCCAGAGACAUCACUAGUUCUGCUCUCCUGACAUCCGGAAUCAACCUCCUUGACGCCGUUAGGGCCUCGGGCGAUCGUAUUCUCGCGGCCAUCCUGCGACUGGGGGGCAGUGCAUUACCAUUCCUCCUCUUGCUGCCCGAGCAAGUUUCCCAUCUACCUGCCCUGUUAUUUCCUGUGUCCUCCGGAGCUCUUCCUGCGAUCUGCACCGAGACAGAUGAAGAUGGCCGCCCGAAGCCAGCCUCGGACGCUGUCCGUCAGGAGGCAAACGUGAUGACCGGUACGAUACUGCUGGCACUCGCCAAGCGAUACCAGGAUCUUGCCUCUAACAAAGUGUCUCUCCCCGGCUUCAGUGCUGCCUUGAACGUCAACCAUUCGCUUUCGAUCAUGCUCUACUACCUAGCUCUGUCGUUAUUCCCGUCGCCGUCCACCUACAACAACAUGGGCAUCGUGCUGUCGAGCAUGUCCGCUACCAUUCCGCACGUUGGCUCGCUGGGGGACGCUCCGGUCCUCACAGGGUCGGUAUUGGCACGCGUAUAUUAUACCACAGGGCUGCAGAUGGAUCCGAACAAUCCUCACCUCCUAACCAACCUUGGUUCACUGUUCAAAGACCAGGGCAACCUUGAAGAGGCGAUACAACUGUACGCCAAGGCAAUCGCCGUCAAGCCCGACUUUGAUGUUGCACUAGCCAACAUGGGCAAUGCGAUCAAGGACGUGGGUCGCGGAUGGGAGGCGCUGGAAUACUAUCGUCGUGCAGUGGAGAUCAAUCCUGACCUGCCUGAAGCUGUGUGCGGUCUCAUGAACUCCAUGGCCUCCGUCUGCGACUGGCGGGGGCGCAGCUGCUUCACGGAUGAGUACGGCGUGGACGACCAGGGCCACCUCCUGGCGCCGACGUCCGCCGCGCACGUCCCGCGCCCCGGGCUCAUGCACAAGAUAGUCGACAUGUGCGAGCGACAGCUGCGUCUGGCCUACGACGAGAACGUGCACGCGAUGAGCACCAUGUGGGGGCUCGGCGAGUGGCUGCGCGCCGUCGAGGCCGCGUUCGGCCGGGCGCUGCGCGAGCACGAACGCGCGACCUGGGUGACGAGGAUCAACCAGUUCUACAAGCCCCUCGACAGAAUGGAGCGGCACGUCAACGAGGGCGGCUUCCUCAUCCGCGUCCUCAACUGGCUGCAGCCGCGGCUCCAGCGGCAGUGGUACGUCAGGCUCUACGGCAAGGCGCUCAGGGCGGACCAGGAGGGUACGCUCGACCCGCUGGCCCACAAAGACGAGUUUGUGCGGCCCUUGUUGCCGCGCACGAUGUCGCCGCCUGUUGUGCCGUCCUUGUUGCCUUUCAACACGUUUGUUUACCCACUGUCUGCGCGUAUGAUCCGGCUUAUACCACAUCGGAAUGCUCUGCGCAUCUCGUUCGCCGCGCUUUCACAGCCUUGGCUGCCCCCGCACGUCUAUCCGCCGCCGCCGCCGCCAAAGGACGGCGUGCUGAAUAUCGGAUAUGUCUCGAACGACGUCAACAACCACCCGCUGUCGCACCUCAUGCAGUCCGUGUUCGGCCUGCACGACCGCUCGCGGUUCAGGGUGUUCAUGUACACGUCGAGCCCGUGGGACGGGACGUCCUACCGGCCCAAGAUUUCCGGUACUGUCGAGGUGUUCGUCGACGCGUCGACGUGGUCGAGCGAGCAGAUCGUCAAGCACGUCACGGACCACAGGAUCCACGUCUUGAUCAACCUGGGUGGGUACACGAAGGGCGCGAGGAACGACGUGUUCGCUGCGCGGCCGUGCCCCUGUGCAGAUACAACUUAUCGGCUACGCUGGGACGCUCGGUGCAGGUGCUGGUGCGACUACCUGGUGUGCGACCCCAUCUCUGCGCCAAAGGAGCUGUGCGCGGCCGAGGUAUGGCGGAAGACGAAGAAGGAGGGCGCCAGGCACGACGACCUCCUGCUCAACCUGGACGCAGACCCUGACCCCGAGGAUCCGCACGCAGAAUGGGUGUACUCGGAGAAGUUCAUCUACAUGCCGCAUACGUUCAUGGUCACGGACCACAAACAGUCGUUCAGGACCGACGAGAACUUGUCGCUCGAAGAGCGGCUGCAGACGCCUGCCGAUACCCUCUGGCGGAACGAGGAGCUGCGGCGGCAGGAGAUGCGGCAGACGAUUUUCCCCGACCUCCCGCACACAGUGGUCAUCUUUGCCAAUUUCAACCAGCUGUACAAGAUCGAUCCGGGUGUUUUUGCCGCGUGGCUGCGGAUCCUCGUGAGGGUGCCGAACAGCAUCCUGUGGCUGCUACGGUUUCCCGCUCAAGGAGAAGAGCACCUGCUGCGCCAGGCUCAGAUGUGGGCUGGUAACGAAGUGGCCUCACGCGUAAAGUUCACGGACGUCGCACGAAAGCACGUUCAUGUUCAUCGCGGCCGGGUGGCAGACUUGUUCCUAGAUACUAUGGAGUGCAACGCUCAUACCAUCGCGGGAGACAUUCUCUGGCCUGGCACACCGCUCAUCACGUUCCCGAAACACCCUCACAAGAUGUGCUCCCGCGUGGCGGCGAGCAUGGCCAACGCCACGGGCUUCGGCGACGAGAUGGUCGUCGACAGCCUGGAGGCAUACGAAAACCGCGCGGUGGCGCUCGCCAACAGCAUCUCAUACGUCCCGGAAACAGAGCCAGGAGGCACAACCGUCCUGCGGGGGCAGGGCGAGCUCAUCAGACUCCGCCGGAACCUCUUUCUGAAUCGUGACAGGAUGCCGCUCUUCGACACGGCCCGCUGGACGCGCAACAUCGAGAAGGCGUACUGGGAGGCGUGGCGCCGGUGGGUGGAGGGGACGCAGUUCGAGCUGUCGGACGAAUGGGAGGCGUGCAAGGGCCCCGAAAAAGAAAGCGGGUGCAUCUGGGUGCAGGACGACGAUCCCGCAGAGGUUGUCCGCUACGACUGAUUAGUGCUAUCGCUCUUCUUCUGAUUACCGCUUGUCGUCGCUCUCGUCGUUGACUGUUGUCGGGCACAGUACCUGCAUGGAUGUAUAAAGUAUCUAGUACACUAGUAAUUUGCCUUGUCAGAAGACAGCGCGGGCUCCACGACUUUCGUUUAUACGGAUUGGUAGGCACCUGGCGCGGCCUGCUGGUUUGCUGAAGGAGGGGCAGUUGGCUUUUGGGGAGGGGCAGCUGCUCUUGGCGUCGGCGUGGGCUCGGGAUCGUCCAAGGACUGAUAACCGCCGCCACUGCCGCCAGAGGUGAAGCCUCCGGGCAUGGACCACACUGGAAGAGUAAUCGUUAGUUG